UCCAAGGAGUCAGACCGAGGUAUUGUUUGUUCCGUCAAAGCGAGCACCACCCCUGAUGUCACAAGCGGCAUCAAGUCGGCAAUCGCCAAGGCCCUGGAGCAGGGAAACAUCCCAAGAGACGCUGUAGCUGCCGUCAUGAUUGGCACCACGAUAGGACAUCAUUUUGUCAAUGCUGUAGUCCAAGCCGACAGCCACAACCUCCGCAAGGUUGCCGUAUUGAGGCUUUGUGGACCUUAUACUCGCGAGGUGCCGUCGUUUUGCGACUUUCCUCCUGCUCUGGCGCGGAUCAUGAAUGGAUACACGGCAUACCUUGAUGGGGGUCUUGAAAUCGACGGACGUGACAUUACCCCGUUGAGCGAAAGGCAAAUACGGAAUGAAUGUGCCAAGAUUCGAGAACUAGGCAUCUCUGACAUUGUUCUCGUCGGUGUAUUCUCACCAUUGGACACAAAUGGUCGCCAAGAAGAAAAGGCUAAAGCCAUUAUUCUUGAAGAGAUUCCUGGUGCUGAUGUUGUCCUCUCAAGAGAUAUUGGAAACAUUGGCUUCUUGGAGCGAGAGAAUGCAUCUAUUCUCAACGCUUCCAUCAUCAAGUUUGCUCGUAAGACGAUCGCUGGAUUCGUGACUGCAAUGAAGUCACUUGGCCUUUCGUCAUGCCCCCUUCUCCUCACUCAGAAUGAUGGUACUCUUAUCGAUACAGAGACAGCCAAGAGGUGUCCCAUCCGGACAUUUUCUAGUGGACCUACGAACAGCAUGUCUGGAGCGUCAUACUUGGCUGACUUGGUCAGUGAGAGCAAAGGCCGUCAAGUGAUUGUUGCCGACAUUGGAGGAACGACGACAGAUCUCUGCGCCCUCUUGCCGUCUGGUUUUCCGCGGGAAGCAGGCGCCUGGGUCGAAGUCGGUGGCGUUCGCUGUGCCUUUCCCAUGCCUGAAGUCCUGUGCCUUGGCCUUGGAGGUGGCACCAAAGUUCUUCAUAAUCCGGAUGGUGGUGUCACUGUUGGCCCAGAGUCUGUCGGUCAUCGUCUGCUCUCGGAUGCGCUCGUGUUUGGUGGCACAACCUUGACGACUACCGAUGUCGCUGUGGCCGAGGGCAAGGUGAACAUUGGCGAUGCCACACUGGUUAACCAUCUCAAAGGUACAGAUACGAUUCAGAAGGCCCGUCAGCAGAUCAAACAAAUCCUAGAGCGUGGUGUCGACAGUAUGAAGCUCUCUGCAGAAGAUGCUGUUCUGGUUCUUGUCGGCGGUGGCAGUAUCGUCCAGAUGGAUGAAGUCAAGGGCGUCGCCAAGAUUAUCCGACCCCCCCACUUCGAUUGUGCAAACGCUGUCGGUGCGGCCAUUGCCAAGGUCUCGGGUCAGAUUGACACCAUCGAGAUACUUGAAGGAAGGGAUGAACAGGAGAUCAUCGAGUCCACCAAGCAAAAGGCAAUCGAGGCUGCCAUCGAAGCUGGUGCAGAUCGUGAUACGGUCAAGAUUGUGUCACUGGAGAACCUACCCCUCGAGUACAGCGCGGUCAAGGCAACUAGACUGAUCAUGAAGGCGGCGGGCAUGCUCAGAGUUGAUGCCUUGCUGCAAGCGACUACUAAAAAGCCUAAUGGUGUCUUUGAACCGACGGCAAACGGUCACAAACAUGAGGUGGAACAGAAGUCUGACGACUAUGCCACCAGCGCAUCCGCCUCGAUCAAGAUUUCUGACUACAAACCGGAAGUCACCUCGGACGGAACAUGGCUGGUUUCGGAAGUUGACUGUGAAUUUCUGGCCACAGGUUGCAGUGUCGUUGCCUGUGGUGGCGGAGGACCUGGAUACAACUGUUACCUGGCAGCCCGUGCAGCCUUGCGUCAAGGCAAGCAGAUGCGGGUGGUUGAUAUCAGUACCAUGCCAGAUGAUACUCUGGUGUUUGGAACCAGUACCUAUGGCGCUCCCGCCGUUGUAUCCGAGCGACUGCCUAGCGGCACCGAGGCCAUCGAUGCCAUCGACGGCGUUUUGCCGUACUUUGGAAUCAAUAAACCGGGUGCAGUGAUCGCGGACGAGAUUGGUGGUAUGAAUGGCUUGCGACCGUUACUGACAUCGAUACACUAUGAUGUUGCUACAAUUGACGGCGACUACAUGGGCCGUGCAUACCCACGCAUCUACCAUAGCACCACCUACAUCAAUGGGCUCCCAAUUGUCCCCUGCGCACAAGCAGAUGGCAUGGGGAACACAGUGGCCGUGUCUAAAUGUGAAGACCCGGUUCGACUCGAAAAGCUGCAACGCAAGGCUGCCCUUGAGCUUGGACUCUUGAGCCAGAUGUCCCAGUCUGGCAUGCGAGUUGGUGAUCUUAAGAAGUAUGCUGUUCUAGGGUCAACGUCACUCGCCUGGCACAUAGGCCGUGCCAUCUACCAAGCGCGGCAGGAAAAGACAAGUAUUGUCGACGCUAUUGUAACUCACCCUUGUGGACGCCUCUUGUACACCGGAAAGAUUAUUGACGUUCGUCGUUUUGUCUCUGAUGGUGGAUACACUGAGGGUUCCGUCCGACUUCGAGCUAUUGGAGCAGAAGAACGCGAGGUAGGAGAGACUGUAUUCACCGAGACCCGAGACAUGGUGCUGCCAUUCCAAAACGAGUACCUCUACGCAGCACUCCAGGAUGGGAAGCAGGAAGAGGUGAUCUGCACAGUUCCAGAUCUCAUCAGUCUCAUCGGAAUGGAUGGAUACGCUCUAGGAACUCAAGAUAUCAAGUACGGGCUCAGAGUCAACGUGAUGGCGUUUGUGGGGCAUCCCCAUUGGUAUACGGAGCGCGGUCUUGAGCUGGGAGGACCCAAGGACUUUGGAUAUAAGGAUAUGAAGAAUGUGUCUGUAGCGCCGACUUAUUAUGACCCUCCUAGAGUUACAGACAUGUUUCGACCAAGGUAA